AUGGCAACUGUUCCCCCUACCACUAUUUACCCCAAUGGCCAUGUCGGUUUCGACAGCAUUACCUCCCAGAUUGAGCGCAAGCUCUUGAAGCGCGGUUUCCAAUUCAAUGUCAUCUGCGUUGGCCAAACCGGUCUCGGUAAAUCGACCUUGAUCAACACCAUCUUCGCCUCUCACCUUAUCGACUCCAAGGGUCGCAUGCAGCCCGAGGAGCCCAUUCGUCAGACCACCGAAAUCCAGGCUGUUUCCCACAUCAUUGAGGAGAACGGAGUUCGCCUGAGGCUCAACAUUGUCGACACCCCUGGCUACGGAGACCUCGUCAACAACGAUCGUUGCUGGGACCCUAUCGUCAAGUAUAUCAAGGAUCAGCACUCCGCGUACUUGCGAAAGGAACUCACGGCGCAACGAGAGAAGUACAUUCAGGACACCCGUAUCCACUGCUGCCUCUUCUUCAUUCAGGCUUCCGGCCACUCGCUCAAGCCUAUCGAUAUUGUCGUAUUGAAGAAGCUUUCCGACGUCGUCAAUGUCGUUCCCGUCAUCGCCAAGGCCGAUACCCUGACUGUUCAGGAGCGUCUGGAGUUCAAGGAGCGCAUCAAGGAGGAGUUCGCUUUCCACAACCUCAAGAUGUUCCCUUACGACAGCGAUGAAUUUGACGACGAGGAGCGCGCCACAAACGAGAAGAUCAAGAGCCACGUUCCCUUCGCCGUUGUCGGAUCUGAGAAGAGCAUCAUUGUCGAUGGCAAGCAAGUUCGUGGUCGCCAGAACCGAUGGGGUGUGAUCAACGUCGAGGACGAGAACCACUGCGAAUUCGUCUACCUCCGCAACUUCCUCCUCCGCACACAUCUCCAGGACCUCAUCGAGACGACCUCGCAGACUCAUUAUGAGACUUUCCGUGCCAAGCAGCUUCUGGCUCUCAAGGAAAGCAACACACAUACCGGUGGAGCCAGCAGCCGACCCAUUAGCCCUUCUGCUGAUCGCGAACUGAGCCGCAACUCCCACAGAAUGACCAUGAACGGUUAUUAA